UUUGCCUUUUUGAGUGUCUGUUAAGAGCUCAGUAUACUGUCACCUGCACUGUCCCAUGUAGAGGUACAAUUUAGGACAUGGCAGGAAAAGAACCUACAGGUGUACUUGUUCUUCACAUUGUAUGGCUCUUAUGGGGUACUACCCUUUGCUUGCCCACAACAAAUGUACUAGACUAUGAUGUGGACAGUGGACGGGACCUUGACAUUUUUGACAUCAAUGAAGAGGCAGGGUUAAAUCUAGUAGAGGGGGACAUUGUGCUUGAUGAGAGACAAACUCGAAAUUCCAUAAUAGGAGAUGAGUACAGGUGGCCAAAAACAAUCCCAUACUACAUGGAAGAUGACUUAGAGAUCAAUGCAAAAGGUGUAAUUCUGAAGGCCUUUGAGCAGUACCGACUCAAGACCUGCAUCGACUUCAAGCCUUGGAGCGGAGAAGCAAACUACAUUUCCAUCUUUAAAGGGGGCGGCUGUUUCUCCUCUGUGGGAAACCGACGAGUUGGGAAGCAGAGCUUGUCAAUAGGGAGCAACUGUGACCGUAUUGCCACCAUUGAACACGAGUUCCUUCAUGCUCUGGGUUUCUGGCAUGAACAGUCCAGAGCAGACCGCGAUGAUUAUGUUAAUAUCAUGUGGGACCGCAUCUCAGAGGGUAAAGAGCACAACUUUAACACCUACAACGACAACACCUCCAGCUCUUUGGGUGUGCCCUACGACUAUGGCUCCAUGAUGCACUACAGUAAAAAUGCCUUCCGCAACGGCACUGAGCCCACCAUUGUCACCAAGAUCCCUGCUUUCAGUGAUGUCAUUGGCCAGCGUAUGGAGUUUAGUGACAGUGAUCUGCUCAAGCUGCACCGCCUCUAUAACUGCACCCAGGGCUCCACAUUCCUGGACUCAUGUGACUUUGAACGCGAGAACAUCUGUGGUAUGAUCCAGGGACAAGGGGAUAAGGCAGACUGGGUCAGGGUUGCCAAAGCUGACGGAGGGCCCAACACAGACUACUCCAACAUGGGCAAAUGCACUGGCUCGGGGUAUUUCAUGCACUUCAGCACUGGCACAGCCAACACUGGGGAUACGGCUCUGCUGGAGAGCAGGCUCCUAUACCCCAAAAGAGGAUACCAGUGUCUGCAGUUCUUCUACUACAACAGCGCCGGCCCCAGCGACUCACUGAAGAUCCAUGUCAGAGAAUAUGACAAUGCUAACCCUAAUGGAAAACUACGCUUUAUAAAGACCAUAGAUGGCUCCCCUCAGGACCUGUGGCAACUGCACCACGUGAGUCUAGACGUCAAAAAAAAAUUCCGUGUUGUCUUCCAAGGGACCAAGGAGGGUUCUGGGACCUUUGCAGGGGGACAGUCACUGGAUGACAUCAACCUUUCUGAGACUACCUGCCCAGAGUUUAUAUGGCGUGUGAAAAACUUCAGUCACGUUAUGGAAAACACCCCAACAAACACAUCUAUCUUCAGCCCCCCAUUCACCUCUAAGGAGGGUUACACCUUCCAAAUGGAGCUGUACCCCAGCGGUAAGGCAGGCUCUCCUGGUGAGUUGUCGGCCUAUGCUCAUCUAGUGGCCCGUGAAGGAGACACAGGACAGAUAUGGCCAUGCCCCUGGAAACAGAUAACCAUGAUGCUGAUGGACCAGCACCCACACAUCCAAAAGCGCAUGUCCAACCAGCGCAGUGUCACCACGGACCCCAACAUGAAGGCAACAGACUCUGACAGAUUCUUCUGGGACGACCCUCGGAAGGUGGGCGUUGAGGUCACACACACAGAUGGGUCCAAGUAUUUCAGAGGGCCAGGCUCUGGCACUGCAGUGUAUCUCACCCACCUCAGAGCCAAGAGUAGGGAUUUUAUAAAGGGAGGAGACGCCAUCUUUCUCCUCACCAUGGAGGAUGUGUCUCAUCUGACAGUGACCCAGCCUCUGCCUUCCACAACCCAGCAGCCUGUCACCACUGCUGUCACCACCACUGUCACCACUGCACCCAUUAAUCUCUGCCUCAGUGUGCAAUGUCUGAAUAACGGAGUCUGCAUGGUGGAUGAGGGGAAGGCUGCUUGCAGGUGUGUGGUGGGUGAUGACUGGUGGUACUAUGGGGACAGCUGUCAGUACAAGGGCUCCAUCAUGGAUAAAACCACCCUUGCACUUGCUUCUUCUCUGUCUGUACUGGGAGUAAUGCUGCUGGUUACAGCAGUCAGUGUCAUCUGUCUGAAGAAGAAAUAUAAAAAACACGCUAAUAACAGCAGUGUUGUCAUGGAAAACAUAAGUGCCACUCAGAAAGCGUAGUGGAAGACCCUGACGUUUCCAAUGACAACUUGGUGAACAGAAGGAAACUGCAAAAUAAAAGUCAAAUAAAUUGAUCUUUAUCAGUUCAGUGUUUUUUGAUAAAUAUCUUGUAGAUCAGGCUUUGGAUUUAUAGAUGUAAGGCUUUAAACUUCAGUGCAAGAAGGUAACGCAAUCACAUACUCUGGAUCAGGGAUCUUCAACAGGGGGUCCGGGACCCCUAGGGGCUCCUCAGAAUCAAUGCAGGGGGGCCACCAAAUUAUUGU